UACAUUAUUGUGCGACGCAAAUUGAACAAAGAAACUCUUCAUUUGUCGGAAUAAACCGGUUUCGAGCGGCCUAAACAAAACGGUGGUACGCGUGCAUCAUCGCACGCACGAGCACGAACGAAAGCAACACCAUCCUCUCCCUCACGCAAAGCAUAACGCCACUGCCGUGAUCGCAGCCGCGCACGAAAGCAUACUUUUUCGCUUCCCGCAGUUGCGUUCGGAAAGUUGUUGAGCAUAGGUCGCCUUCGUCGUCGCCGUCGUUGUUGCCAUUCCGGCCGUACUCGAGAGUCCGCGUCAGUGCAUUGAAGCCUUUUCCACGGCAAAUACGACAUCGCAGCGUGCGACGAUUUUAUCCAUCCGUGUGCCCGUGUGCGUGUGUGUGUGUUGAACGUGUGAAAUCGUGAUAAAGAAAGGCAGGUGGUUCAUCUUUAACCACCAUCUUGCAGCUCUUCAGUACGAGUGCCAACCAACGCAACGAUUGAAGCCAUCUGCAUUUUAUUGAAAAGCAACCGACAAAAAGGCUUUCUCGAUUGUUCCCCAUUGUGCGUGCGAGUGUGCGAUUUCGGGAGGAAAAAAUAAUUAUAGUGUAAAAGGUGUGAAAUUGUUACACAAUCUACCAAAGCUCCAGCAUCGCCAGUAUGUCCAGCAGCAUUCAGAUUACGGCCGACGACAAACCGGCAACCACUGCCGGCUUGAUCACACCGACCAAGACGCCGGGUCCGCCGCCGCCGGUGUCUAGCAUUCCCUCCAGCCCGUCCCAUCUGCAGCUGCCGUCGCCGAUUAUAACGCGCCGCACCAGAACCGCUUCGACCUCCGAUCGUGCCAUGCGUAACCCGAUCGAGGAGGGCAAGGUGAAGUCGUUCAGCAGAAGCAAAGGUCACGGGUUUAUCACACCGAAUGCCGGCGGUGACGACAUCUUCGUACACAUUUCCGACAUCGAGGGCGAGUACGUGCCGUUGCCCGGUGACGAGGUGAGCUAUCGGCUCUGCUCCAUCCCGCCGAAGUACGAGAAGGUGCAGGCGAUCCAUGUGCAGAUAACGCACCUGACGCCGGAAAAGCAUUCGCGCUGGGAAACGUGCAUGAGCCACGACGACGGCCAUCGGCUGCAUUAGGGCAGGUGGAACGAGCCGGCGCCGGAUCAGCUACUACCCCACCACCAUCACCACCACCAGCAUCACCAGCAGCAGCAGCAGCACCAGUUGGUAGGGAAAGCAGGAGGAGGAGGAGGAGGUGGUGGUGGUGAUGGUGGCAAGCAUGAUUCACGCCGGUGGCCCGAUAUAUCGUUCGAUUUUGCACUGGAUGAUGAAUAGUGGCGCGACGGUCGACGCGAGAGAGAGAGGGACAAGCGGAAGAGAAGCGUAAGAUGAUCCUCGUGGUGUGCAGUAAACAAAAACACGCAAACACAGACACACAUAGUGUAGGGCAGUUUAUUAUAACCAUGUUGACAGGCUGCGUUCGUUCAGUAUUUUCGUUCAUUAGUUAGAGGGCGAUGGAGGCGCCUGGUUGUCCAGCGAAUUGUUCUGCUUAGUUUCAUCGGCAGCGGCGGCGGCGGCGCGUUUAAUAGGUGUUGUUGUGCUGCCCUAAAUUGCACAACAGAACAUAAAUAAUCGAUUCGGUUUUAUUGGUUAAAAUGUUGCGCCCCUUACCUAGGGAUAAUAGAGGGUGUCUUGUGGUGGCAGCGUCUGCUACUUACCAGAUUAUCAUGGAAAGCGAAACAUCUAUUCAAUAAUUUGGCACGUGUUGUGGUACCGUAAACACACACAACCACAGAGAACGAACGAACACACAGGAAGGAUUUUAAUUAAUAAGUGCAAACACCGUUGGCCCAUAAAUGCCAGCAUCACACGACGGGGGCAUCACACUGAACAAGCGACAGUAGAGCCGUGCUGAAUGGAGCGAACAAAAAAAAGUCAGGAUAGCGGAUUAGCCGCAGGAUAAACCGUUGCAGCAGCAACAGCAGCUUUUCGCGUGUGUGUGUGUGUGCAAGACAAGAGAAGAAAAAAAUAACAAAAUGACCUGCAACCCACACACGCGCGAUGUGGAAUGCUCCAGUUUGUCCACCAUCUCGCCCAGGCAGGACAAAGGAUCGUUGAAAGGGGGCAAACAAAAGCGCGAGACCGUGCACAAUAUAUACAAUGCUCGCAAGCGAUUCUUCUUACUCACUAAUUGCUCUCGCUUUACCUUUUCUUUCUCCUGCAGCCCAAUACACAAUCACACACACAGACACAUACUCUUUUUUGUUUGGUUAGUGCUGAGCAAGCAAAAAGGAUGAUUAAAAACGAAAGAAAAGCGAAAAAAUGAUAUAAUUCAGGUCGCCGUCGCCGUCGUCGUCGUCGUCGCUUAGGGACAGCAGAAAGAAGAAAACGAAAGAAUAAAAAAAAAGUACGUUGGCCGAUUAGAGAAGUAAGCUUUUCCUUCAGGGCCGAAACACGACGAUCCGGAUGAAUGGCGCUGCGUGAGAGGAUUUAUGGAAGAAAAAAAGGCAAGUUCGUUUAGUUUGCAAGUUGCUGCUUUGUGUGGUGCGAGCUAGCAGACACAGAUACGGGGCGGGGGCAGCGAAUGAAGCGAAAGACAUCUCCGCGAACCUAUUGUACAACGAAAAAUUAGACCGGAAGGGAACGCACAUACGGUGGGGAGCGGGAAAAUGCGGGUUAGAUCUUGCACACUCCCUCCCUCCCCAGCAGUGUGAUAAUGAUAAUUGACAUUAAUUCAAUUGCAAUCAGGCUUUAUCGUUUCCUUUUUCCUGUUUUGGUGAUAAACAGGCGCUCGCUUCAUUGUGGGCGCAAACUGCUGAAAAUGUGUCCUCGCAACACACACAAAAACGCAAAGAAGUCCAUACGCGCACGCACGACAGAAUGUUGGAAAAAUUCAAAUAUUCCGCUCACGGAACAAUGCAGGUCAGAGAAAAGCUACUAAGCACGGUAAAUAUACAUACACAUAUAUAAAUAGAGCCAUCCAGCAAAAGCGAUAGACAGUGAAGGGAAGUACAUUUACUAACAAACAAAAAACAAGGUAAAAUAGAAGAAAAUGGGGGAGGGCACAGUUUUGUAAGAAUUUAGAUACCGCAACACGUUAAAGCAAAUCUAAUAACGCUCUAGCGAUUUAAUGAACGGCGAGCCAUAACAUUGCAAAGCAUAUUUCAGGCAGCGGCAAAGUAUUGGGCCCAUAGUUGGUUGGUGAAUGAUGUGUGUGUGUGUGUGUGUGCCUAUGUAUGUACAUCUUUUUUGGAGUAAUUUUUGGGCGUCCGGUUGGAUGUCCAGGAGCAUAUAUACGAUGAACACGGCGACGGGCAGUAAAGCGAAAACUGCGCCUAAAUGUAGGCAAACCGCUUUAGACGCAAACGUUUAUCCUUUGCGUUUGGGCGAUACACGCAAAACACCGCAACAGAGGAUGAAUAGUCGUUUUUGAUGGUUGGAUAAUAUUAAACGUUAAGCGCAAACUGCACCAACUGCACAGUAAGAGCAAAAAAGCAACGUAUUUUGUAAUGAAAAAAAACGAGGAAACUGCGCUUGUGUUGUGUACGUGUAUAAUGUUCAGGAAUAAUUGUUGAAAUACAUUCACCAUAAUACAGAUUAAACACCA